UUUUCUUUAUAUUAGUAGCUGAAAUUCUACACAUUUUAAGCAUUCAGGAAGAAAAAAUGGCUUCUUUUUCUCUUCCAAAACUCUGCAAAAUUGCUUUGUUUUCUCUGGUUUUGAUCUCUAUGAUCGCGCUCGCUGCUGCUUCUUUUCAGUUCAAGGUUGGUGGGGAGAGAGGAUGGACCAAACCAACUGGGAAUGAGUCUGAAACAUACAACGAAUGGGCUACCAGGAACAGGUUUCAUGUUGGGGAUUCUCUUUAUUUCAAGUACAACAAUGACUCAGUACUGGUGGUGAACCAUAUAAGCUACACUAAUUGCAGUGUGUCAAAUCCAAUCUUUAAGUUCAAAGAUGGAGACACAGUUUUCCAAUUUGAUCGAUACGGGUUCUUCUACUUCAUCAGUGGGGAGCGUGGUCACUGCAAAGCUGGUCAGAAAUUGAUCGUUCGCGUAAUGGUGCACCCUGCAGCAAUCAUCUCUCCUCAGCCUGCACCUGCACCUGCACCUGCACCUUCACCUUCACCUAAGGACGAUGGAACUGAUGAUGGGGAUGGUUGGGACUCAUUUUGGGGGCCACCGCCACAAAAUUCUACCAUCAGACUGACAGUUGCAUCUUAUUUCAUGACUGCUCUUGGAGGAAUGUUAGUUAUUAUGUAUUUGCUGAUGUAGUAUCUUAUAGUAUAGGAGCUGUUCAUUUAAUUAGUUUUAUUUUUAGGUGAUUGUUGGUUUCAUUCCUUACCUCCAUGGUUUGUUUUAUUUGAUAUUCUUAACUAUUCGUGGUUUCUGUUGUUUGAUUGAUGUUUCUGUCAUGGUUAGCUUACAAUGUGCUUUUUAAUUUGUCGCCAUUCUUUUGCUUUCUUCAGCCUUUCUGGGAAGUUUAUUCGCUCAGGUUUCAUUUGUAUAGGUUAACCAAGCUUGAAAACAAUGAAAAGAUCAGUGAUUGAGACUAAAUGACAAACAAUUGAGACAGUUCAUGUUAAUUUAUAUUCUCAAGAAAUAAAUCUUACUUCAAAGACAAAAUGUUCAUGAACAGAAUAUGGAUUAAAAAUUGUCUCAAAAUGUGAUCUUCAGUUCGUACUUUUAAGACAGGUUAUGAACACUGAUCU